GGAAAUUUCACAUCUGAAAUAUGCGAGGAACCUUUAGCUGUAAUGCUGUUUCGAUUCCACAGUUUAGACAUGUUCGGGCCUAUUUCCUGUGACCAUACAAACUACGAAACCCUGCUUCUACGGAAAUGUAUACAGAUGAAAGAGCUAAUGGUUUCUGAUGUCAACGGUUCACGAUCGUACGUGGAAGACGAUCUUGGAGAAGACACUGCAGCCGGUCCGUCACAGCCCAAAGUCAGGCGAGUGGACAGCACAUCUCAACACUGCAAAAACACAGCCGUCCUGUCAGUGAAUCAACAUGCAUUUGUGACUCUGUACCUUUUGGAGAAAAUGUACCCAUAUCCACCCCUCUACCAUUCGAAAGACAUAUGCAUGAUGGUAGAAGCCAUGCUAUGUUUGGGUGAAAUAGAAAGGAAACUGGUAGUAUUCCCCGGUUGUUAUAUAAAUGAUCUGUUUGAUGAGAGAUGGGAUGUGUUUACAUCAGAAAUUCAAGAGAGUAUACGAAACAAAAGUUUCGUUGAACUGUACUCGACAGUUUUCUUAAAACAUUGGAAUGCUUCCGACACAUUCUACAGCAACCGAAACAGGAGCCUUUUGACUCUGCUGACUACAACGGAAGACUUACCGAUAGGCUGGCGGGCACAGUUGUGUGGAAAUGUGGUGUGUUCUGCACUCAAGAUACAAUCUUCUUUGGACUUGUACUCAUCAGUGGCUGAUGUUGACGUUGAUGAUCUCGUUAAAAUGACAGCACUUGUGGCAAAGGUGUAUAUAAAAGACUGCAUCGCCGAGUGCUGUGACACUGUAACUAAGAUUUUGGAGGCCUGUCUCAUCUGUUCUAAUGGAGUGACAUGUCAACGAGUGUUCUGUGUAUUUUGGGAUUACAGAUCCCAUCUGAACUAUAUCAAACACAAUGAACUCAUGUUGCGUCUCCUUCUGAAGCAUCUGCGCUUGCCCAGUUCCAUUUUAUGUCCGGCAAAUGGAGAGAUCCUCGAUGGAAUGUUAACGUUUGCAGGAAAAAUUGGACUUCAAUUCGCAGUUGUUUCUUUUAAAAAUUGGGACAUCCUUUCAGAAACGUUUGAUAUGCAUCAUUUGUCCAUCAUAUUCAACACAGCAUGCCUUGCGUUGAAGCCGCCACUACCCGAUGACGUCCUAGACGCUUUGGUGUCAUAUCUCUGUGCAGCAUUCCACCACGAUCUCGAAUGCAUGGAUGUACUCAAAGCCAUUCCAGAAGGACCAAGACGAAAAAGAGCGCUGGAAUCCGUCUACGUCAACGCCGAUAACUACUCAUGCCAGGCUCUGUUUCAUGUAGCGAGAGCAGCAGAGGAUAACAACAGCAGUAUUCCCUUAUCUGACUGUAACAUUUUAAGUGAUUUGGGACAUCAACUACUGCAGAAGGCAUUUGGGAGAUAUUGUAAUCCGACAAAUGCUGAUAUCUUGCAGGGCCGCUGCCUGCUGACUAGUCAUUGGGUAUUAGACGUCUUGAAUUGGUUCUUCUGUAGAAUCUCGGAGAUCGGGACUGAAGAGCGUGCUGCCGGGGAUCAGUUUCAAACCUUCAUGCACUCAAUAGGAAAUAUCUUCAAAUUUGAAACCCAGCUGUCGUUUCUUUCGCAUAUGCAAAACUCCCCAAGUUUACUGUCCGCCAUCAGGGAGGUCGUGUCAGAAGGAGGUGACAUCAAUAUAAAUCCCUAUUGGUAUACUUGGUUCAGCACAACGUAAUUGACCAUGCACGUUCAUACAUUGCUUUUCUCAUUGGAACAGUUGGUGAAUACAUUAAAUCAACAGAUGACAGUAGAAUAUGUUUUACGUUCAUUGUGAUAAAAUGCACAUUUCCUUCUGUCUCUCUUUGCUUUACGUCUGACUUUUGUUAUUUUAUCAAAAAAACGGUUCAAGAUAGCAAUAAGCAUAUGAAGACGAUAUUUAUGUACAAAAUAACUUAAUUUAUUCAAACUUCAGAAUCAAAUUAUAAAAUAAAUACAAACAAACUCACAGGGGUUAUCAUCCUAAGUAUCAGAACACGACGAACGCGGAGCAUCAUGGCAUAUGUGUUGCCAGCCUAAAGGAUAGAAAACGGUGUGGUUAUAUGUUGUAUAUAUUAAACAAGCAAAAAAUCGUACCUUUAAUACAAAUAUGUUUACUAAUGUGAUUGUCUGAUUCGUAUUUCAGUCAGAGAAAAAUUCUGGUUUUGAAAGGUAUCGGGAUUUUUUAAAAAACCUUUUUGCUUAUCAAAUUAUUAUAAUUCGAGGUAUAGGUAACAUUCAACUGACCUACAACGCAACUUGCAUCUCAACAUUGUCUUCCACUGUUAAAUAUCUGUCAAUGUUUUGUUAAACAUUUUAACAGUCACUUGGAAAUGAAUUGUUACUAUUAACUUCCAUCUGAAUUUAUAUUUUGACACUAUAAUAUGACUUUUAUUUUACGUUUACUGUCUUACUAAUGCUGCUUUACGUUAUUAUAGUUACCGUCAUAUAUUUGUUUCCAAUGAAGUAUGUAUUAUGUUGUUUACGCAGUAGACACGAGUUAUCGCGCUUAGGCAGAUAAAGCGUAAAACAGAAAAAAAUACCGCAACGACGUUUUCUUGCUAUUUUACGUUUAUUUUCUUACUGAUACUACUGUUAUUUAUAGUUACCAAAAACAAGAAAACUCACGUUCACUAGCCUGGUAACUAAAUAGAAAACAUAUACUACAGCGUCACCACACAAAAACAAA